AUGGCUAAGGAUACAAGACUAGACGUUCCUUUUAAAAACUAUAUAUUAUCACUAGGAAGCUCCGGAAGAAUCGGCAGAUCAAAAGACAGCUUCUCAGAUUCAGGGGAAGGAGAAGCGAGGUUAGAGUGGUUAAGUACUAGUGGUUCCGAGGAAAUCGAGAAAUGGAACAAGUUCAAGGAACUCUUUCCUGAGGAAGACAAAAGCAGUUCACUAUGGCAGUAUACCCUUUGGGUCUGUAUGAGAUUGGAGAUGUGGUGGAAUACGUUACCGACAGGGGCAAAAGCGGGGGCAUAUCAGUUUCCUGAAAAUUGUGAUAUUCCUGCAUUAGGAAUACAACAGGGCAGAUUGAUACGUGAUAGUCACUGCCAGCCAACCCACAAGGUGUGUAGUUGGGAUACCAAAGGGAGAACCAAGAUCUUCAAAAGAAGUACAGAGGAGGGCCGUGGAUUGAGUAUAUGUCGAGAGUUGGUUUAUCAGGUGAUGUUAUCGUUUGGGGUCGUAAAUACAGAUAAUAGAACAAGAGAUGAAAUAAAGCGGAAGAAUCCGUGUAUGACGUUAUAUAGGAGUCUGACAAGUUGGGGAGGAAAGGAAAUUGCCAAACAGAUAAUAACAGACUGGUUCAUGAGCCUCGGGGAAGGGACCCAGGGGGGUCUCUCAGAUUCCUUAGUAGGGACAGAUUUAUAUGAAGUAUUGACAGAGAUAGUCUAUGGAAAGGGCAAGGGGGAUAAGAGUUUCACUUGUGAGAAGACUACAGAUGAGGGAGAAAUCGAGAGGGACGGCUUGGGGCCCUUUAGAUUCCGAGAAAGGGACACUCAAGAUGGAGGAGGGGGGGAGAAGUUGAAUAGUCUUUCAACACAACAAUAUAGGGACUUGGAGGAGCGAAUGAGGAAAGAAAUAUCCGCCGGGGGGGCGGGUCUAGAGGGGCCUAAAGGACGUCACACGUCCCCAGAGGGGAGUUCAGGUGACACGAAUUCUAGAAUCGUGCAGGCUCAGGAAGGGAAAGGGCAAUCAGGUGGCGGGGGGCUAACGGGGAAACGGGACUUUGGGGAGGAUUUGGGAUAUGGGCAGCGUAAGGACGAAAUUGGGUCCUCAAUUGGCCCUAUCUUGGGGGGGGGGAUAGAUUUAUGGUUUAAGAUGAUGAGUUAA